UAUAUAACUUCUCCUAGUAGAAACAAGGAACUCAUUGAAAUGAAAUCACUACGGCAGGCUCUGGAUCUGUAGAUUUGAAGUGAAGGUUCGAUUGAAUUAAUUACAGCAAUGGAGGAGCUGAGGUCAGCAAUGGAAGCCCACAUGGACCAGAUGGCAGAUCUUGUCCAGAAACUCUCGGCGGAGCUCCGCUCUGGACUCCAGCCCGCUUACGAAAACUUCAUGGGUUUCUUCCACGCCAUCAACUGGAAGGAACCUUGGUUAAUGGGCUUAAUGGCGUUUCAUGUUCUGUUCCUGAUAGUAGUCAUUAUCUCGAGGAAGAAUGUCAAUUUCCAAAUGUGUUUAUUCCUUAUGGCAUUGGCUGGUGUGUAUUUUGCUGAAUAUCUCAAUAGAAUCCUUGACAAGAACUGGAGGACCUUUGCAACUCAAAACUAUUUCGAUUCGCAUGGACUUUUUCUGUCAGUUCUCUGGUCCGGACCUCUUCUUGUCAUUGCAAUCAUUAUAUUGGUAAACACCCUCUUCUCCUUAUGUUACCUGAUCGUGAGAUGGAAGAAAGCUGAGCUUAGACACCGUGCAAGAGUUUCUCCUAACAAGCAGGAUUAAUAAUCCUUGCUAUGCAUCAUACUUGGCCGGGUACUAUAGUCUUUUUUGUCACUUUCAUCUUUAAAAGAGCUUCUUCCCCUCGGGUAGGAUCACAAUUAUAUCCUUUCAUAGAUUUACAAUUUUCUUUUUCUUUUUCUUCCACCAAAUCAAUGGUGUGAAUCAUCCCUUGAACGAGCUGUACUGUUGAGCUUUAUAAACCCAUCCUUCAAAUGUCAUUUGUGCCCUUGAUUGAGAAGAGAAGUCGAUGUAUUGAACACCAGCAGAUAAAAUGUAACAUUGCAGAUUAGAUUUCUUUAUAAUUGGGCAAUGUACCGUGAUUUUGAAUAAAUUUUCUACAACUGAUUAUUUUUGUAGUUUGGGUUGUGAUGGCCUUCUCUUUCUUUUUCCAUAAUUAGAUAAACUGGAUUCUUGCAA